UCAGGCAAAUGAAUUCUGAUUAAUCCACCCUUUAUUCCCACCCUAAAAUAUCUCUCAUCCCCUCCCUCGCAUUUCUUAUUUUCUGUUUUCCCUAGUUAAAAUCAUUCAAUUUCUUUUCUCUUCUCUUAAUUAUUUUCUCAGUCAGAUUUUAUUUCCCUUGCUGACCAUUGCCAAAAGGUUUACCAAAGCUUCAUUUCCAGAACAAAAUGGCAAAUUCAUCAUCUGGAAUGUAUGUGAACGAUGAUUGCAAGCUGAAGUUUUUGGAACUAAAAGCAAAACGAAAUUAUCGUUUCAUCGUGUACAAGAUCGACGAGCAGACACAACAGGUGAUCGUAGACAAGUUGGGAGGUCCCCAAGAAACUUACGAAGAUUUCACCAACUCCUUGCCCGAACAUGAAUGCCGCUAUGCUGUCUUCGACUAUGAUUUUACCACAGAUGAGAAUUGUCAGAAAAGCAAGAUUUUCUUCUUUGCAUGGUCACCUGAUGGGUCAAGGGUGAGGAGUAAGAUGCUUUAUGCAAGCUCCAAGGACAAAUUCAAGAGACAGUUGGAUGGGAUUCAAGCUGAGUUGCAGGCAACAGAUCCAAGUGAGAUGACCUUGGACAUCAUCAAAGCACGAGCUCUUUAA